UUCAUGACAUUGGCCAAACAUCGAUACAGUAAUUCUUUAUUUUUUUUUCAGGUGUUGUAUGACUACGAGGACCGAAUCAACCAAGCUGUCUUCCCAGGACUGCAAGGUGGUCUGCACAACCACACCAUUACUGGUUUAGCUAUUGCAUUGAAGCAGGCUAUAACUCCAGAGUAUAGGGCAUAUCCAGAGCAAGUUCUCAGCAAUUGUUCAAAAUUUGCACAGGCUUUUAGUGAGAGAGACACGAAUAGAGAAAAGAAGGGAAGAACCAAAACCUAG